AGUUCAGAGUAGUAAAUCAUUGUUAAGCACAUGCGAUGCAUAAAAAAGUUUAAACGUAUAACUUAUGAAUCAAUAUUGGCCCAACUAUUCAGAUCGUUGAUCAUUGCUGGAUAAGGAAGUGCUGUUAUUCGGAAAUUCAGUUAAUUUCUUAAAGGUGAGUGUGUGUAUUUUAUAAAUUAUCCCUCGCCAUAAUAGCAAUUCUUAUUGUUUCUUAAGAAGGACAAUGUCAUUUUGUGUGUUUGAUAAGACAGGUACGCUUAUCUUUUGAUAUACUGGUGUCUUUGUGUAAAACCAGGAAGUAAACUUUCGUGAACCAAGUGUAUAUAAAACUCGAUAAGAAGCUAUGUAAUAUUUGUAUUCUGUAUAUUUAAUGCUAAACCAAACACUUCUGUAUUAUACAUUUAUUAUAAUGUAUCUGUAUGGAUUAGCCAUUUGGCUUAAAAAAUAAAUAAAUAAAACGUUCUUGACUAAUUAAGACGACACUAAGCAUAAUAAGAAGUACAUACAAGUAUUGAAAAUGAAUAUAUAAUUAGGGUACCUCAAUAGGCAGUCGUCCUUCUAUAAUCAGCCUGUGUGUGAUUGCGUCCAUUCGUGCAAACGCUUUUGCUAUCCCUUCAACUUUUGUACCAAUUUUUUUUAUAUUGACUUGUAUCACCAUUGGUUACAAAUUAAAUUUGAGUUUGAGCUUUGUUGAUCUAUUUUUGAAAGAGUUAUGGACCUUGAGCUAAACACAUUUUAGGUAUUCAACAGUUUCCUGGACUUGUUUGACUAUCCCAGCAGCUAUUGAAUUGCAAAUUUGAUUAUACAUGGACAUAUAUUAUUGGGUUACAGAUUAAGUUUCGUGUACUUUAAAUAAUGCCACAAAUCGGAGCCCAUUUAUGAUGCAUGCCAUCAAAUUGGUAAUAUCUAUCUCAUUUAUAAGAAACCCUUAUUCAUUUUAUCUCUUUAAAAAUGUUAGUCGGGCAACACUGAAACAAUGAAGCUAUUUUAUGUAUGCAUUGAAAUGACUGUCAUGUGAUAUGAAGCCCUGUUGUUAUUUUUAACUUUUGGCCAACUGUGGAAAAAAUCAUGUAUAUACUGCUUGAAGAACACUGCUCCACACUGUAAUAGCUGAACAAUAUCAGUAUAAUCAGACAUAAUCAUUAUGUUUUGUAUAGACCACAGUGGGAAUGCAGAAUUACUAUAGAUACUUUAAUUGUCAGCAAUGGGGAAAAAAAUCCCUACGAAGAGUCAUUUAGUAACUUUAGAGACGAAAUGAUAUGUGCUUACGAUGUUUAAUCGGUGUUUCGUCUAUAUAUAGUAAUCUUUCAUACAUGUAACUACUCCGACUCAUAUUCGCGGAAAUGGAUUUUGUAUGAACUGUGUUCUAUUUUUGUUUUCUUUUUAAAUAACAUGUUACUGUAUCAGCUCUCAUCUGAAAUUUGAUGCACUAUAGUAUAGAAAUCUCUCUGACCUAGGUAGCGCAUAGAUGAAAACCGUUUUAAUCUUACAAAGCUAUAUACAUGUAUAAGGUAUGACGAAGAAUUCAAGUUUGGAAAAAAAAAUCAGACGGGUGUACACAUACUUAUUCAUUUACAUGUGCAGCGUGCACAAAGUGCAUGUAAAUAAAGUUUCACUAGAACUAAAACCAUUUUGAGAUAAUUCUACUAACAAUUUUACAUCCCUUUAAGACAAACUAGGAAGAGCAACAUAACAAGAUAUUUGAACAUUCCAUGGAAUCAGUUCGAAAUACAACGUACUGAAGUCGUAAAUCCUCGUCAAGAAUUUAUUUUUUAAAAUUGGUUUUUGUACACAUAAUAAAGUAUAAGAAUAUAACAAGAAUUUAUGAUUCAUGUGUGGUGUUUUUUUUUUAUUAGUAAGAGAUGUAUUUGUCGUAAUGCAGUUUGUGCACAUGUCAGGAGGAAAUGUAUACUCAGCAACACGCCACUAAUUAAUAACUCCAAGAUACAAUGUGUUAGAGACACGUUAUGGAUACUUGUAAUAUUUAGUUUUAUACAGAAAGGUUAUCAGAAAAAAGCAUGGAGCUACUAAGUCAACAUAUUCUUUAACAUAUCGAGAUACGAACUCAACUUUUGUCCUGAUCGGCGAUUUCCGGACAAUCAUCUCCAGUCCUGUUUCAGAAAUUCACAUUCGACCAGAGUAUCUAUUUUUGUAUAUAACCGGUUAUUUAAAAUGAUGAGGUAAUGAUAUACUUAGUGUGUUUCUUCCACGGAGAUCAAUUUAAAAAAAAUAAAUUUAUGAUCAAUCUGCAUAUUUUCAAUGACGAUUCUAUGGAAACUACGGAGAUCAAAAUUUUUGAAUUGGGGAUCAAUCUUCACAUUUUCAACGACGACUCGAUGGAAACCAAGAUUUAUUCAUGAACCAGUAAAGACUACGAUUCAUUGAAGACUAACAUCAGUACACACUAGGACUCAGUGAAGGUUAAUAUUCAUUGGUGACUCAGUGGGAACUAAGGUUUAUUUUUCAUUCAUGAUUCACUGGAAAUCAAGUAUUAUCCAUGGCUUAGUGGAGACUAAAUAAGGUUUAUUCAUGAUUCGAUGGAAAUCAACUUACUUUGUAUAAAUAGGACUGCAGCGAAAACACCAUAUUCCUAUACAACUUGUACAUGUACAGUGAUCGUGUUUCUAUUUAUACGCUUCUCUUCUAAACCUGCAUAUAGGAAGAAAUUUGUUUCUUGCUUCACCGAAACAGAUAAAUGUAUUGAUGACGAGGGGCGUGGUCUACAAUCUAAAAGGUGAUGGAUCCGUUUUCAAACCAGGAUCCUUGGGACAAUACCGAAAUGACAGCACAGAAUUAUUACACAAGUGGAGAAGGAGACUUUGAUUGGAACGAUCUGGAAAAUAUCCCUUUUUCUGCGACCUUUGACAACGAAACAUGGAACAAUACUCAUCAGGCAUUGCCUCAUGAUGAACCGAGAGAUCAAGGAAUUGAAGACAUGAUCGACAAUUUGCCGUAUACAGCACCGGUAUUUUACAGAAACGACGAAUAUAGCGACAUUUCUUUAUCUCCACCGACUAUUCAACACUACGAAGAAACCGACAGAAAUCUGCCACCAAAGAAAAGAAGAAGAGUACACGAAACUGAUUUCAGCACGGAAUGUGCACCUUAUAUUAACUUGAACCCACAGUUCCCAGAGGACGUUGUUACCAGUCAUAUACCGAAUCAGGACUUCAUACGAUACUGCACCGUGAGACCGGUGAUUGUAGGGAUGGGAAAUUUCCGCGGAGAGGUUGAAGCAGGAGAGGAGGUGUUCUUGAUUAAGGAUGGUUCCAGUAAAACCUCACUAGUGAUCACCAACAAAUAUGGCAUAGAGGUUGGAUACUUGAAAUCUGAUGUCGCCACUGUUCUCUCACCGUUAAGGGACAGGAAAGUCAUAGGAAUUGAGGGGACUGCUGUACAUGGCAGUAAGAAUGCCCUGCUUAACAGCAUUGGUGUUGAUCUAAACAUAUUUGGAAAGGAGGACCAUAAAAUAUCUACUUUGAAAAAAAUAAUCGACAUCGGGGUGCCAGUAAAAGUUGACAUUGGUCCAUCAGAUUCAAAAGAAGAAAUCUCGAAAAUCCUUGGCUGCGAGGAAAAAUCAGAUGUGUAUUUUGACGAAAACCAUUUCUUAAACAUGAAGGAGGAAGCAGACACAGUCAACACAAUAUUUGAAAAUUUGACAGAAGACGAUAAACAGACGCCGGCAGAGCCAUCAAAGGAAAUUAUAACACCACUGCAUGUACAUCAGAAACAAGCCCUUCACUGGAUGAUGAUGAAAGAGAAAGGAGACCAACUGCCACCUUUCUGGGAGUUGAAAGCUGAUGUUUACCAUAAUAACAUCACAUAUCAGAAACAGACUACAAAACCUCGCAGCAUCAAAGGAGGAAUUCUUGCUGAUGAGAUGGGAUUGGGGAAAACACUCACAGUAAUUUCCCUAAUUGUGACGAAUCCAAAGAAAUCCACCCACCCUCUCGAUAAAGUCAGUGAGUCGAGGAAAAACGGGAAGGAAGACAUUGAAGCGGUGGAACAAAAAGAUGAGCAUCAGCACUCUGACACGGAGAGGCAAACACAAUAUACGAAUGCAUCCAGCGAUACAGAGGAACCGUCGGAGGAGGAAGAUGUUCAGUCUGACCACGAGGUGCGUGCUCAAGAUGAAGUCACAGACUGUAAAUCGGAGGAGCAUAGUGAAGGUGGUGAUGUUUGUUCUGAAUCUGAAGAUCAGGGUAAAAAUAGUAAUUUUUGCUCUGCAUCAAAGGAGCAGGAUAAAAAUAGUGAUCUUAAUUCUAACCUGGAUGAGUUGUCGAACGAUACAGAUGUAUUCUCUGAUACUGGAAAAAGAAAGAGAAAUGAAGAAGUAUCUCCGAAUACCGAAGAUGUGACAGAUGAUGAUCAUUCAUCUCUUCAGAAUGAUGAGUCAUCUGUUUUAGAACCAGUAAAAUCCCAGGAAAAAGCAAAGUACACACAUCAAACAGGAGAUUUAGAAGAAGUGGAGAUGAAAGCCACCAAUGAUGCAGAGAAAUUACUGAAGAGAAAAAAGAGAAAGAAAAGGAAGAAAUCUUCAAAAACUACACUUAUUGUAGCACCCCUGUCUGUCAUCAAUGUAUGGCAGACCCAAAUUACUCAGCAUGUUGAUCCGAUGCAUCCACUGAGAGUGUCCACUUUCCAUGGCAGGAACAGAUCAGAGGUGUCUGUUCUCACCGAAAAUGAUAUUGUUAUUACAUCGUACGACACACUGAGGAUAGAUGCUAAGACGCAACGCACUCUACAACAGGUGAAAUGGUUCCGAGUAGUACUGGACGAAGGGCACAAAAUAAAGAAUCCUUCCUCUAAACAAACUCAGGCUAUCAACAGCCUCCACUCAGAAAGAAGAUGGAUUUUAACAGGUACCCCCAUUCAGAACAAGAUUGAGGAGUUAUGGUCUCUCACAUCAUUUCUCAAAAUCGACACCUUUACUGAUAUCAAUCAGUGGAAGAAAAUUAUAGUGGAUCCUCUUGUGUAUGGGGACGGGGAUGCCAAGACGCGCGUGUUUCAUCUGGUGAACUUUAUUGCACUGAGAAGAACAAAAACGUCCACUAUAAACGGAGAGAAAAUCAUAUCCUUACCUACGAAAAGGAUAUAUGAAAGAGUGUUAGUGUUUUCUGAUAAGGAACGGGAGAUUUACGGAGAAUUUGACAGAGGUUGCAAACAACUCAUUCGUCGACUCAUUGAUGAGAGGAGACACCUCCAGGAAAUUGGAAUAUUUUAUGCAGCUUUAGUACGAUUACGACAGCUAUGCUGUCACCCAGAAAUUAUUCCCCGCAAAGCCAAAGUUGGCAAAGUUAAGUUGGCUAGGUCUCUCACAGACUUUGACUCCACACAAUCAUCGGUGGAGAAGCUAGCGUCCUUACUACGACUAUCUGAAAAUGACUGCUGUAGUAUUUGUUUAGAAGAAAUCUGUGUUAAAGAAGGCAUGAAGGCACCUGUUAUAACGGACUGCGAUCAUGUUUUCUGCAAAGUAUGUAUUCUUGAGGUGAUUCAACAGCAUGGGGCUUGUCCGAACUGUCGUGGGGGACUGACAAUGAACUCGAUAACGGAAUGCCCUCCUGAGCAACUCGCUCUUCGAUUAGGAAGGCCUGAAUUAGAUAAAUCGGUGUUCAGUACAAAGACAACAGCAUUGAUGAAUGAUCUACUGCAUUUAAGAGAGAAUUGCCCGGAUGUUAAGAGUGUAAUUGUUUCGGAAUUCACUACUCUUUUGGAUGUGAUUGAGGAACCAUUAAAGAAUUCAAAUUUCCGAUUCGUUCGUCUGGAUGGUAAGAUGACUCAGAAAGCCAGAGCAAAAAGUAUUAAAGUAUUUUCAAGCUCAGAAGCUGACUCGCCAACAGUGAUGUUGCUGUCGCUGAAGGCAGGAGGAGAGGGCAUCAGUUUGAUAGCAGCUUCACAUAUGUUUCUCCUAACUCCGCAUUGGAAUCCGUCUACCGAGGAUCAAUGUUUUGACAGGUGUCACAGAAUUGGUCAAACAAAAGAUGUCACAGUAAUAAAGUACGUGGUCAAAGAUACCAUAGAAGAAAGAAUACUCAGUCUUCAAAAGCAAAAGAAGAAACUUAUGGAGUGUGCUUUUAACAACAAUAAAGAAAAGCCUGAAAAAUUAGGAAUUGAUGAGAUUAUGACAUUACUGAACAUACCUUGUUAUGGGGAGUAAUCUGUAAUGGACUCAUUUAUCAAUUCCAAGUAAUUGUCAUGCAAAUACAUUACUUUCAUAAAAUUGUAAGUAAUGACCAAUACUUUUCAAUCAAAACGAUUCUAGCCUACCCAGGAUCCGCUCCUGUAGAUUUACUUUUCAGCAUUGCAAGCAAAGAUUUAAGGUCAGAGCUCACGAUUAUGAAAUGCACCUCUGAUGUGUAAAAUUCCUAGAUAUAUUUACAAUUUGACUUCAAGGAUGAUAAAUUAUGUGUUGAUAUUUCGUUUUUGUAAUGUGUGAUGUAUUUCAUUACUUACGCAUAGUAAUUGUAAUUUAUGAAUUACUUUUCUGUGAAAGUAAUGGUAUCUAUAAUGGGAAUAAAAUAUUAUAGUCUUAAAGGGAAAGGCAACCCAAUUUUUUACAUGAUAAAAAUGAUACGAUUAAUUAUAUGAUAAAGAUUUGUCAUACUAUUCUUUUGAUAUACGACCUAGAUAAGCUUCAGUACUAAUUUUAAAACGUUAAAAAAUUGAAAUUCCCGCCAUCUAUAGAGGCUGCCAUGAUGCUGAACUCUUUUAUAUUCAAGAUCACAAAAAUCAAUAAUUUUGACGUCACCCCGUCUAUUCCGGUUUUGAUGAGAUUCUAUGAUCAUCAAAGAUGUGCAUGUGGUAGAUUUUACGAAUACAUUGUAAAUAUGUGGAUGCCUUCCUGUCAAGCAGUUAAUUACACUAAUGCGAAGGGGAGAUGUGAAAAAAGUCCCCCCCCCCGAAAUAUAUUGACUCAACAAAGUUAUUUGAAAAGAAAAUACUAUGUAAACUGUGGAUCCAUCAUUUGCGUAAUGACAAGUUGAGGUUUGAGACAUUCACAUGUAUGAAGAAACGAGUACCAUCUUCCUGGUCUGCGACUCGACUGAACGUCUUGUUUUCUUAAAUUCUUCUUGCGAAAAUCUAUACUGCUCCAAACUUAACUGUUCGUGACUUGUCAUGUUUACAGUGCUGGUGAUGAAAUAAACCGGAACCGACGGUGUGACGGUGUGACGUAAUGAAUUAAACUUCAAUGGCGAGUAAUUUGAAAUAUAAGAUAGAUUAAUAUUGAUUUAAUUGUUAAGCAAGGAUUUUUGUUAUUAAAGACUGUCAUUAACGAUAUCAAUGUGGUUAGGAUUGCCUUUCCCUUUAAUUUAAUGCAUUACCUUUUAAAGUAAUUGCCCCAUGUCUGAAAUAUAUAAUGCAUUUUUUUUUCAAUAAUUUCAAAUAAUACAAACAUGAUAUUCAGAUUUUUUAUCUUGAUAUACAAAUUUCGAUAUUACAAAAUGAUAUUCCUUCCAAAUCAUGCCGUCAGUUCCUUAAACUCAUUCACUAACAAAGGAAUAUAAACAACAUUCAUUGUCAUAAACAAGUUCAGUCUUGCAUUCCAGCACAUUUCAAGUUCAAGUCUACACCCUGUAUUUCCAAUAAAUAUACUUCCAGUUUAGCAUCGUGUGCUAAAUGUGAAACGAAGAACUUAAUACCUUGUCAGAGUGGAUGAAAUGCGAUACACAAGGAAUACAGUUGCUUCUUUAAAAAAAUGGAAAAAGGAAAUAUUCAUAUCUGUUGACCAGUCAUCCAAAAACUUACUUUGUUAAACAUCACUCUGAUUCCACGCACAAGUACUCUGAAGUUGAAAUAAAAAAUAUGCUAGAGUUCCUCAUUGACAAUAUCUUCAUGGUCUUUGGUGAUCAGGUCUUCCAACAGUCUGUUGGAAUUCCCAUGGGCACGAAUUGUGCUCCUCUAUUAGCUGACCUGUUUCUAUAUUCAUAUGAAGCAGAAUUUAUUCAAAAACUUCUACGUGAGAAGAAAAAUCUCUUGCGGUGGCCUUCAAUUCGACAUUUAGAUCUAUCGACGACGUUUUGUCUAUUAACAAUAAUAACUUUCAUUCAUAUGUCGAUUCGAUAUGUCCCUGUGAGCUUGAAAUAAAAGACACUACAGAGUCGUCCACUUCAGCUUCAUACUUAGAUAUUUUAUUGAAAGUAGACAUUAACAGCAAACUGACAACUCAACUGUAUGACAAAAAGGAUGAUUUCAGUUUCUUAAUUGUCAAUGUCUCAUAUUUAUGUAGCAAUAAUCCAUUAUCACCUGUAUGUGUUGUUGAUAUCUCUCUACUGAUUCGAUACGGAAGAGUUUGUUCUGCGUAUAGUCAGUUUUUAAAUUGAGGCAAGCUAUUGACAAACAAGUUGAUGGUACAGGGGUUUCAACUGUCUCGAUUGAUGUCAUCAUUUCGCAACUUCUAUGAUCGUUAUAACGAUCUAGAUCGUCAAUACAACCUAUCAUUGGGUCAAAUGCUGUCUGGGGUGUUUCAUACCGAUUGUUAGGCCGUUCUUGGCACACUGAUGUUGACUACGGAUAACUCCGUUUACCUGAUCAGGAUAUAGGGCUCACGGCGGAUGUGACCGGUCGACAGGGGAUGCUUACUCCUCCUAGGCACCUGAUUCCACCUCUGGUGUGUCCAGGGGUCCGUGUUUGCCCAACUAUCUAUUUUGAUUUGCUUAUAGGAGUUAUGAGAUUGAUCACUUCGUUAUCUUCACCUUUCAUGAUAGAGUUGGACAAAUACGACCCUUUGACAUACCAGAGGUGGGAUCAGAUGCCUAGGAAAAAUAAGCAUCCCCUGUCAACCGGUCAUACUCACUCUGAGCUGUAUGUUUUGAUCAGGCAAACGUAGUAAUCCGUACCGUAGUCAAGAUCAGUGUGCCAAGAACGGCCUAGCAAUUGGUAUGAAACACGUCAAACAGCAUUUGACCCAAUGAUAAGUUAUAUGGGCAAAUCAGAUCAUUACAACGACCAUCAAAGGAUAAAAAGAACCCCGUUUUAGACGCAUCAAAACAAAAGUGUAAACCAUAUAUCCUUCUGUGUAUAGUAAACCAGAAAUGAUCAAAGAAUUAGAUCGGUAAUAUGAAGAAUGUGUUUUGGUUCCAGCAGACAAGGCUUAUAUCAACAUUGUCUUGUAAAGCUCAUUAUUACAACUGUAUCUUUAACGAUCUUGCCCUACAUUUCAUGAUUAAAGUACAAAAGAUGAAAUUCUUCAACAUCAAGCAUCAGUUUUAAACAUUUGAUAUCCCAGUCAAUGGGCCAGAUGAAUGAGAGUUGCCAUAUCUAUACUGGAUUCCUAAACUUAAAAAAAAAACCUUACAAACAAAGAUACAUUCCUAGAUUCACUAAAUGGUCUGCCAAGCCUCUAUCUUUUCUCCUCAGAAAAAUAUUAACAGAUGUGAAGGAGAAACUUCAAGUGUCUAGUGCCACAUUAUAUACCAGAAGUGGGGCAAAUCAAAUGUGGAUUCUAAACCAUUCUAAAGAACUUCUAGUUAAUUUGAAAUCACAAAACUUUUUUCAUAUCAACAUCAAAACGUAUUACUUUUGAACACUUUACACGACCAUUCCUUACGAUAAAUUAAAGACUAGUGCAUUUUUGAAAUUAUAGACAGUUGCUUAGUCAACCAAAAUGUAAGAAAGGAAAUAUUCAUUCUAAAAAACUUUUAUUACACUUGAAAUCGCAAAAUUUUUCUGAAAUUAACAACAUACAAACGCAUGGCUUUUCAACACUUUACACGACCAUUCCUCACGAUGAAUUAAAGACUAGACUUUUUGACAUCAUAGACAGUUGCUUCUUCAACAGAAAUAGAAAACGCAAAUAUUCCUAUCUAGUGAUCAGUCAUCCAAAAAAAUAUUUUGUUAAACGCCACUCUGCUUCCACGCGCAAGUACUCUGAAGUUGAAAUAAAAAUACACUGGACGUCCUCAUUGACAAUAUCUUCGUGGUUUUUAUUGAUCAGGUCUUCCGACAGUCUGUUGGAAUCCCAUGGACACGAAUUGUGCUCCUUUCUUGGCUGACAUGUAUUUAUAUUCCUAUAAAACAGAAUUUAUUCAAAAACUUCUACGUGAGAAGAAAAAAAUAUCUUGCUCUGACCUUCAAUUCAACAUUUAAAUAUAUCGACGACGUUUUAUCUAUUAACAAUAAUUUUAUUGAUUCGAUUCGAUACACUGUAUAUCACAGCGAACUUGAAAUAAAAGAAACCACAGAGUCGACCACUGCUUCCCACUUAGAUAUUUUAUUGAAAGUAGAUAUUAACGGCAAAUUAACAACUCAACUUUAUGUUAAACGGAAUGAUUUCAACUUCUCCUUCGUCAGCUUCCCAUAUUUAUAUAGCAUUAUUCCAUUAUCACCUGCAUAUGGUGUUUAUAUCUCUCAACUGAUUGGAUACGCAAGAGCUUGUUCUACUUAUGUUGAGUUUUUAAAUUGAAGCAGGCUACUGACAGGCUACUGACAAAUAAAUUGAUGGUGCAGGAGUUCCGACAGUCUCGUUUAAAGUCAACAUCUCGCAAAUUCUAUGGUCUUUAUAAUGAUCUAGUUUUCCGAUACACCUAUCAUUGGGUCAAAUACUGUCAGAUGUGUUCCAUACCGAUUAUGAGGCCGUUCUUGGCAGACUGAUUUUGACUACUGAUAACUCCUUUUACGUGAUCAAAAUAUAGGGCUCACGGCGGGUGUGGCCGGUCGACAAGGAAUACUUACUACUGCUAGGCACCUGAUCCCACCUUUGGUAUAUCCAGGGGUCCAUGUUUACUCAACUGUCUUUUUUGUAUUUCUUAUAGGAGUUAUCUUCACAUUUAGAUAUAUCUACAAUGUACUACAUUUAUGUAUAUUAAUAAUGAUCAUUUUCAAUCAUAUGUCGAUACUUUACCAAAAUCAGACAAAUCUUUAGACCAGGUUAUAACAGCACUUCAAGAUGACAAUAGAUCUCUGAUUAAAUGGUUCUCCUCAAACAAAAUGCAGGCAAACCCAAAAAAGUUUCAAGCUAUAUCUAUUGGCAACAAAACACAAAAGGAAAGCAUCUUUGAUCUAAAUGGAAUGAAAAUUUAUUGUGAUGAUGAGAUAAAACUAUUGGUUAUCACCAUUGAUUUGAAGCUUUCUUUCAACACACAUAUCACCAAUAUUUGCAAAAAGGCAGCAAGGGAAUUAAAGGUUCUUAAACGGAUAGGCAAACAUUUAAGCAAAUUAGUCAAAUUAACAAUAUUUCAUUCAUUUAUUAUGUCCAAUUUUAGUUAUUGUCAAUUGACAUGACACUUCUGCACUUAACAAAACACCCGCAAAAUUGAAAAGAUACUGGAAAGAGCUUUUAGGAUUUAUUUAUGAUGAUUACAAAAGCACGUAUGAAAAUUCAUUAAAUCAAUCAAAAUUACCAUAAUUGAAAACCAGGAGAAUGCGAACAAUAGCUCUUUUAAACUUAUUCACAAAAUUAUCCCAGUUUUCCUGCAAGAUUUAGUUGUCGUAAAAACCAUUCAUACAAUUUUAGAUAUACGAAUACAGCUGAAAUACCCAAAUCAAGAUCAACCAGGUAUGGGAUUAAAUCUUUCACAUAUUAGGCAGCAAAGCUCUGGAACUCUUUGUAUAUAAUGUCAGAAAUUUCUCAACAUACAGCCAGUUUUCAAAUUAUGUCUUAAAUUGGUAUGGGGGAGUAAAUUGUAAAUGUAGGUCAUGCAGACUCCAGCCUCUCCUGCCUACAUCUUGAAUUUGUGAUCUAAACUAUUAUUGUUACCCGUUAAAUUUUACUAUUCCAACUGUGUUGGUGCUGUGUGUAUUACCCCUGAUUCUUUUAUAUGUACCUGUGUUUUAUAUAUUCCCUGUAUAUCUAUGCAUGUUUUAUGUUUCUGUAUCUGUGUUUUAGUAAGUCCCUUUAUAUUUAUGCAUGUUUUUUGUUUCCCAACUGCAUUAGUGUUUUGCUUCUUACCUUUUUUUACCCUUGAUUUUUCUAUAUAUGUAUGUGGGUUUUCUUUUGUUCAUAUAGUAUGUGUUUUUUAUUUAUUUAAAAAUGUGUUUGUUUUAUGACUGUAUGUAUAUAUACCAUUUGUGUUAUGUGUUGCUUAAAGAGCAGUUUGGCUCAUGUUACUUGUUUAUUGUAAAUAGUUCCGACUUUAAAUAAAAAUUACUAACUUGC